GCUCGGUCUUAUCCAAUCCACUCAGGGCAAUGGACGGUUCGGAUUGAUCUGCGAGUGGAGCAGCAGCUCGAAGAUCAGCCGUCCAAUUCUCUUGGCUUCGAAGAUUCCACAUCGUCACCGAAAAUGCACCAGUGGCCACAAAUUCCAAUCGUCGUGGUAACCUCACUACCAAGACACGUGUCGUGUCCCUAUUGGUCCACCUCAUAAAGCCACAAAAGUGAACAUAUUCCCUUGCUAAAGCUUAUGGCGGAGCUUCAAUGAAGCCCCAGCUCUUUAAAUUUCUCCUCUCCAUUUCUCUUCUCCAUCACCACCCCCCCCAAAAAAAGGAAAAAGAAAAAAAAAGAAAGAGAGAGAGAGAGAGAGAGAGAGCUUAGUGAGCUUAGUGGGUAUGGAGGCCUCUUGUUUCUUAACUUCAAAAUCGUUCAACAAAACCCUAGAUUUGGUUCCCUCUUUGAAGCCUAAGUUUGUGUUCCUGCACAAGAAGAGGCCCAAUCAAGGGUUUUAUUACGGAUCUGGUGGAGGAGCUUCUCAUUCAUUUACUUGCUGCAAUCUUCGAGCGGAAUCAUCCCACGAUAGCGGCGAGCCAACCAUCGAAUCGGACUGGCGGUCGUUUCGAGCAAGGCUGGUCGCGAAAGAACAAGCAUCCAGUCUGGUUGGUUCAACCACACCGCUUUCUCCGGACGCAAUAAAUCAAAGCUCAGCUCCGACAAUUCUCGGAGACAAAUGGGCCCACCCUCUCCACGAGCCCGAGAGGGGGUGCCUCCUCAUCGCCACCGAGAAGCUGGACGGAGUCCACAUCUUCGAACGGACCGUCAUCCUCCUCCUCUCCAACGGUCCGCUCGGCCCGACCGGUGUCAUACUCAACCGGCCCUCGUUGAUGUCUAUUAAGGAAGCGCGGUCGACGGACUUGGACCUGGCCGGGACCUUCUCGGGCCGGCCGUUGUUCUUCGGUGGGCCCUUAGAGGAGGGCCUUUUUUUGGUGGGCCCCCAAGAAGGGGAGGAUAGGGUGGGGAGGAGUGGGGUGUUUGAGGAGGUGAUUAAGGGGUUGUAUUAUGGGACUAAGGAGAGUGUGGGGUGUGCAGCUGAGAUGGUCAAGAGGAGUGUGGUUGGGGUGGGGGAUUUUAGGUUCUUUGAUGGGUACUGUGGGUGGGAAAAGGAGCAGCUUCGCGACGAGAUUCGGGCCGGGCUUUGGACCGUGGCGGCGUGUAGCCCGAGUGUAGUCGGGCUCGCGAGCGUCGGGAGCGGCGGGCUUUGGGAAGAGGUGUUGGGCCUUGUGGGAGGAAAGAAGGUGUGGUGAUGUCCCUCAAUUUGUAUAUAUCAUAAUAUAAUCUAAAUUCGAAUCCUAGUUGAUUCACAUUUUCAGCUAA